UAGGAGUGACUCUGGCCGGAGAGCAGUACAUUGGGAAGAUGUGUAUGAGGGAAGACCUUUCAUUUGAAAAGCGGGAGUUGUUUCGGUUAACUUUGUGAAGAAGUAAGAACAUGCGAUAGUCCUACUCUACUGAAGAGCCAGUCGGGGAACUCAGAGUAACUUAACGCGACGACAAGACAAGAGGAGCGACGUGACAAACAGCAGAGAUGGCGGAGGGAAAGAAAGUGACCUUCCAGCUGAUGCUGGCCGUGGGAGCCGCUGUGAUUGGCUCUCUCCAGUUCGGCUACAACACCGGCGUCAUCAACGCCCCUCAGAAGGUGAUCGAGAACUUCAUCAACGAGACCUGGUCGGAACGGAACGAGCAGCCCAUCGACGCGACCACCCUCACCACCAUCUGGUCGGUGUCCGUCGCCAUCUUCUCCGUCGGGGGCAUCUUCGGGUCCUUCUCAGUCGGCCUGUUCGUCAACCGCUUCGGGAGGAAGAACUCCAUGCUGAUGGCCAACAUCCUGGCCUUCGCCUCGGCCGCGCUGAUGGGCUUCUCCCAGAUGGCCAAGUCGUACGAGAUGCUGAUCAUCGGCCGCUUCGUGGUGGGGCUCUACUCCGGCCUCUCCACCGGCUUCGUGCCCAUGUACGUGGGCGAGGUGGCCCCCACGGCCCUGCGGGGGGCGCUGGGCACGCUGCACCAGCUGGGCAUCGUCCUGGGGAUCCUCAUGGCUCAGGUGUUUGGCAUCGAGUCCUUCAUGGGGAACAAGGCCCUCUGGCCCCUCCUGCUGGGCUUCACCUUCUUCCCGGCCGUGGUGCAGUGUGCCGUCCUCCCCUUCUGUCCAGAGAGCCCCCGCUUCCUGCUGCUCAACAAGAACGAGGAGAACAAGGCCAAGAGCGUGCUGAAGAAGCUCCGGGGGUCCGCGGACGUGAGCGCCGACAUGCAGGAGAUGAAGAGCGAGCACCGGCAGAUGAUGAGGGAGAAGAAGGUGACCAUCCCCGAGCUGUUCCGCUCGCCGCUGUACCGCCAGCCCAUCUUCAUCGCCAUCGUGCUGCAGCUGUCCCAGCAGCUGUCGGGCAUCAACGCCGUCUUCUACUACUCCACCAGUAUCUUUGAGAAGGCGGGCGUGGCCCAGCCCGUCUACGCCACCAUCGGCGCCGGCGUGGUGAACACCGCCUUCACCGUGGUCUCGCUGUUCGUGGUGGAGCGAGCCGGGCGCCGCUCGCUGCACAUGAUCGGCCUGGCGGGCAUGGCCUUCUCCGCCGUCCUGAUGACCAUCGCCCUCUCCCUGCUGGAGAAGCUGCCGUGGAUGUCGUACGUCAGCAUCGUGGCCAUCUUCGGCUUCGUGGCGUUCUUCGAGAUCGGCCCGGGGCCCAUCCCCUGGUUCAUCGUGGCCGAGCUCUUCUCCCAGGGGCCGCGGCCGUCCGCCUUCGCCGUGGCCGGCUUCUCCAACUGGACGGCCAACUUCAUCGUGGGAAUGGGCUUCCAGUAUGUCGAGAUGGUGUGUGGGCCCUACGUCUUCAUCAUCUUCACGGUGCUGCUGCUCUUCUUCCUCGUCUUCACGUACUUCAAGGUCCCGGAGACGCGCGGCCGCACCUUCGACGAGAUCUCCUCGGGCUUCCGGCAGAGCGCCGGGGGGGAGAAGCACUCCCCCGAGGAGCUGGCCCACAGCCUGGGCGACUCCCAGCUCUGAGACCCCCCUCCCCCCCAAGCCUCCU